AUGGGAGGAGCCUUGGACAGGUGUAGCUGAGAGAUCAACGUGGCACUCUGUCGGUUGGCAGUGUGGCUCUGUGGACUCGAGUUGUGUGGUGCCUCUCAGAUCCCUGUCGACGCGUGAAGAGGAAAAUCCAAGAUGGCGAAUCUAGCGACAACCGCUGCGAUGGUGUUAGCGGCUUCUGCUAUUGUGUUUUUAGCGGUGAGCAACAAGCGAGUGAACGAGGCAGCUCUAGCGAAGAAAUUGGAGGUGGAGAGAACAGUGGGAGAAAAAGAUGAUGAGAUUAAGAACUGCCAAGCAACUGCUAGUGAAAAGUCCAACCAUAUCUCAGCCCUGAAGACGAAGGUAGAAGGUGUCAAGCAACAGGUGAAGCAAGUGCAAACCCAGAUUGACCCUAUCGCCGGAGUCAGCGAUAAGGAUGUUGAGGCACUGUCGAAAGAACUAGCCGAACUUCAGAGUAAGUUUGAUGAAGUUAACGCCGAAAUAGCCAGCUUGGGAAGUUCCACGACUGCUGGCACUACAUUGUAAAUUUAACUCCUCUCGAAGUUUGCGAAAGGAAGGAAGGGAAGGAA